AUGGGAACAUUACCGGAGAAGUGUGAUGACCCGGGCCCUUGUAUGGUCACUUGCACCGUCAAUGGAGUUCAAUUUAGAGAUUGUAUGUGUGACCUCGGAGCAUGUGUUAGCAUCAUGCCACUCUCCGUUUAUCGGGUAUUGAACUUGCCCCCACUAAAAAGGUCGACGGCAAGAUUUGUCCUAGCAGAUAAGAGCAUAAUAACCGUAGCGGGUGUUGCGGAAGAUGUAUUGGUGAAUAUAAAGGGGUUGGUGUUUCCGAUUGACUUCUAUGUCCUUGAAAUGCCGUCAAGCGAAACCGAGAGAGCAUCCUCUAUCCUACUUGGAAGGCCCUUCUUGAGAACUUCUAGAUUUAAGCUUGAUGCUUACUCGGGGAACUACUCAUUUGAAAUUGAUGGAAGAAUUGUAAGCUUUAGCCUAGAGGAAGCAAUGAAGCAUCCACCGGAGAAUCAUUCUCUAUUUCGGUGUGACCCAAUCGAUAACAUAGUAGCCAAAGUGCAUCUUGCAAGAUUAGAUGAGAAAUACAUGAUCAAAGAAGCAAUUGAAGAGUCAAGCGAACUAAAUACCACACAUCAUACAAGCCAUCCGGAAACUCAAACUUCAAGGAAUGACAAGAAGAUGGAAUUGAAGCCACUACCACCUCACUUAAGAAUAGACGGCCUCAUGAGAAGAUAUGGCAUCAUCCACAAAGUCGCCACGGCUUACCACCCUCAAACAAAUGGCCAAGCCGAAGUCUCUAACCGGGAAAUCAAGCAUGUGCUAGAAAGGAUUGUAAAGCCGAAUAGGAAAGAUUGGAGCACUAAACUCUCCGAUGCCCUGUGGGCCUAUCGAACGGCUUACAAGACACCCAUUGGCAUGAGCCCCUUCCAGCUUGUAUAUGGCAAAGCAUGUCACCUACCGGUAGAGAUUGAACAUAAAGCUUACUGGGCCGUAAAGGAGUGUAAUAUGAGCUUGGGUGGGGCCGGAGUAGAGAGAAAGCUCCAAUUGGCGGAAUUGGAAUGUUUGAGAUUGGAAGCUUACGACAACUCUAGACUUUAUAAGGAAAAGUUGAAAGCCAUCCAUGACAAGAACAUUAGGAGAAGAGAAUUCCAACCCGGUGACCUAGUCCUUCUCUACAAUUCAAGGUUGAGAUUGCUACCCGGAAAGCUUAGAUCAAGGUGGAAUGGGCCCUACCAAGUGGAGAAAGUAGAACCUUAUGGAGUCUAUCACUUGCGCCACCCAUCAAGCCCGGACAUCUUCAAGGUAAACGGGCACCGUCUCAAAUUGUAUCAUGGUGAGCAAAGAAAGAACGCCAAGGAAUUUGAAGUGUUCCUCUUGAGGGAUGCAACUCUUGAAUAA